CCCGCCCACUCCCCUCAGACGGACCUGGCUCUCACCUUCCUAAGAUAUGCCUGCUUGCCCCCAAUUUUUUUCUUCUUGCAGUGAGAACGUCCUCAUGUUGCAUCCUUAUUCUCCUCUUGGCAAAUCCAUGUGAUCUUCCAGCGCUGAAAGUGUUUGCACGUUUACAGGCGACUUAAAGGCAGCCCUGAACCCAUGAUGUAUAAUUCGGGUGCCGAUGAAGAAAAGACCCAGGCCUUUUUUUUUUUUGACAUCCGGUUCUGUCACCUUCAGGUUGAGUCGGGCUGGCGGAAGAGGCACCUGCUUUGCUGAAUGGAGCUGGUAGCGGGUUGCUAUGAGCAGGUCCUCUUUGGUUUCACUGUACACCCGAAGCCCGAGGCGUGCGGCGACCGCGAGCAAUGGACUCCUGUGGCUGACUUCACUCACCAUGCUCACACUGCCUCCUUGUCUGCAGUAGCUGUCAAUAGUCGUUUUGUGGUCACUGGGAGCAAAGAUGAAACAAUUCACAUUUAUGACAUGAAAAAGAAGAUAGAGCAUGGGGCUCUAGUGCAUCACAGUGGCACAAUAACUUGCCUGAAAUUCUAUGGCAACAGGCAUUUGAUCAGUGGAGCAGAAGAUGGACUUAUCUGUAUCUGGGAUGCCAAGAAAUGGGAAUGCCUGAAGUCAGUUAAAGCUCACAAAGGACAUGUGACCUUCCUUUCUAUUCACCCAUCUGGCAAGUUGGCCCUGUCGGUUCGUACAGAUAAGACAUUAAGAACGCGGAAUCUUGUAGAAGGAAGAUCAGCAUUCAUAAAAAAUAUAAAACAAAAUGCUCACCUAGUGGAAUGCUCCCCAAGAGAAGAGCAAUAUGUAGUUAUCAUACAGAAUAAAAUAGACAUCUAUCAGCUUGACACUGCAUCCAUUAGUGGCACCAUCACAAAUGAAAAGAGAAUUUCUGCUGUUAAAUUUCUUUCAGAGUCUGUCCUUGCAGUAGCUGGAGAUGAAGAAGUUAUAAGGUUUUUUGACUGUGAUUCGCUAGUGUGCCUCUGUAAAUUUAAAGCUCAUGAAAACAGGGUAAAGGCCAUGUUCAGUUUUGAAAUUCCAGAGCAUCAUGUUAUUGUUACAGCAUCGAGUGAUGGUUUCAUCAAAAUGUGGAAGCUUAAGCAAAAUAAGAAAGUUCGCCCAUCUUUACUCUGUGAAGUAAACACUAAUGCCAGGCUGGCAUGUCUUGGAGUGUGGUUAGACACGGUGCCAGACACAAAAGCAAGCCUUCCUCCAGCUGCAGAGCCUUCUCCUGAUAAUUGAAUUUGAUUGUUUUGAAUCUCUUAAAUUGUAGAAGUGGAGGAAAUCUAGAUAAUUUCACUUUAUUGGUAGCCUGUGUUUAUUUCAUUCAAGGGGGAAAAACAGGCUUUAAAGGCACUG